GCCGCGCGGCGGCAGCAUGAGCAGCGGCUACAGCAGCCUGGAGGAGGACGCCGAGGACUUCUUCUUCACCGCGCGGACCUCCUUCUUCCGCCGGCCGCCCCCGGGCAAGCCCCGCGCCGGCGCGCAGGAUGUGGAGAAAGAGAAGGAAACCCACAAUUCCCUCAGCAAAGAGGAAAUCCAAGAGAAAGUUCAUAAAUACAAUGCGGCCGUGACAGACAAGUUGAAGAUGACCUUGAACUCCAACGGGACGUACACUGGCUUCAUCAAAGUGCAGCUGGAGCUCUGCAAGCCGACGUCCGCGGCCUCCGGCCCAGGCAACGGCUGCGUGAACACGCUUCACAUCAGCAGCACCAACACCGUCGGGGAGGUCAUCGAGGCCCUGCUCAAGAAGUUUCUCGUGGCCGAGAGCCCGGCCAAGUUUGCACUUUACAAGCGUUGUCACAGGGAAGACCAAGUCUACGCCUGCAAGCUCUCGGACCGGGAGCGCCCGCUGCACCUGCGCUUGGCCGCCGGGCCCCGGACGGACACGCUGAGCUUCGUUCUCCGCGAGCAUGAGGCCGGGGAGUGGGAAGCCUUCAGCCUGCCGGAGCUGCACAACUUCCUGCGCAUGCUGGACCGCGAGGAGGCCGAGCACCUGCAGGGCCUGCGGCGGCGCUACGCGGCCUACAGACUGCAGCUGGAGGAGGCCCUGCGCGCCCUGUGCAAGCCCGACUAG